UUUUUGAGAAAGAUUUCCCACAUUUUGAUAUUUUUAUGUGCCUUUUUGCAUUUAUUUAUAGCUAGAGUGAAAGUUUCUUUAUUUAUCAAGAAUAUUUAGAAAUUUAUAAUAAAUGCAGACAGAUUCGUUCACGUUUCGUAAUUCGCGGAAAUUAAAUGGCUCCUGUUUAAUGUUUGGUUGUGUUCAGAGAACAAGUUGAUUUAUUUACCAUAUAUUUUGUAAUUAAUUAUAAAAAAUGACAAUUAAAGCUGCAUUUUUAAUGUCUGCUAGAAAAAGAAAAUAGAAACUCUUUAGUUUGACCGAUCAUAAAUGUAGAUUUCUUUUUCUUGUCUAGAAGAUUUUAAAGAUUGAAAUAUGUCUACUAAGAGGCCUGCACCGCAAGAUAAUUCAGCUCAAAAUUCUGCUAAAAGGGUUCAUUUUGAGCCAUGCAGAAUUGGUUCUGUUUCAACUCAGGAGGAAAUGGAUAUGAAGGUCCUGCAAUUCCAAAAUAGAAAACUAACUGAACGACUCGAACAAAGACAACGGCAGGAGGCUGAUUUACGAUCUAGAAUAGAACAGCUUGAAAAGCGACAAACGAGUGAUGAAGCUGUACUAUGCGUUGUUAACAGAUAUUGGAAUCAGCUAAAUGAAGAUCUUAGAAUAUUGUUGCAAAGGUUUGAUGCUGAAACAUCUGAUGAAUCAGAAACCCAAAAUGAGGAAGAAGCUACUACAUCUUUUUUGGCCCUUUUGGGACAGUGGGAUAAAGAAGAACUGGACGAAAAAUUAGCUCAACGUGUGCAAGUAUCUACUAGAGCUGUUGCUAAAGUACUCCAAGCCUUUGAUCGAAUUGUUCAAAGAAACCAUAAAAUUAUGCUGGCUCUGAAGGGUGACCCUUCUUCUCAAGAAACUAUUCCAAGUUUAGAUGAUGUAGUUCGCCAAACUAAUGUGGAUUUGCAGAAUGAAAAUAAAAACUUGCACCUGCUGGUAACUGGUUUACAUGAAAAACAUCAUCAAAUGAGUUUAAAAUUUGCUGAAAUUAAUGACAAACUAGCUACUCUAGAAAUAGCAAAUGCUGAGCUUAAGAAUCAUAUUGAAGAUUUGGAAUAUGAUUUAUCAAAAACAAAGCAAAGAGAAGAAAAGCUGGAUAUGCAUCUAUCAGAAAGCAUAACAAAACUUAAAUCCUAUAAUGCAGAUAAUGAUGGAAGAACUCCUGUUAGCACUGUAACUCAAGCAAAACUUGAAGAUUUGCAAAAAGAAUUAGAAGAACAGAAAGAGCUUUCAAAUAACCGUCUGGUUGAGCUAGAAACUUUAAAUACUGAACAUAAAGAGGCUCUAAAACUUGUUGAAAAAUUAAAGAUGGAUUUGCAGUGCCUCCCUGAGAGUGUAGUUGUUGAAACAACGGAAUAUAAGUGCCUUCAAUCCCAAUUUUCUGUUUUAUAUAACGAAAGUAUGCAACUGAAAACUUUAUUGGAAGAAACUAGAAAUCUAAUGGCAACAAGCAAAAAUACUCAUCUGCGUCAUAUUGAACAGUUGGAGAGUGAAGAGUUAAGUGCACAGAGAAAACUGAGAAAUGAAGCUAUACAUUUAGAAGAUGCUUUGGCUCAAACUCGUAAAGAAUAUGAAAUGUUGCGGGUAGAAUUUGAACAAAACUUAGCAGCAAAUGAACAAACAGACGAUCGAAACUGCUUUCAAAGAAAGAAACAGCUGCUACAGCGAAAUGGCCCAAUUAAUCGAGAAAUGCGCCAUCUCAUUACUAGUCUUCAAAAUCAUAAUCAUCAACUGAAAGGAGAAGUGCAACGUUACAAGAGAAAAUUGAAAGAAGCCACAGCAGAGUUAGCAAAGUUGCAGGUAGAAAAACCUUUAGCCAAUGCUAGCGAACAUGUUAAACAUAUAAAAGAAGAACCCACCGAUACUCCUUCUGGACUGUCUAAUAAUCCUCCAUCAAAUGUGACCAUCAAAGAAGAAGUAGUGAUUAAAAAAGAAAAAGAUGAUGACAGUUGCCGAGACGAAGAAACAGAUAUUAAAGAAAAAGGAAAAUCAGAUGCUGAAAUAAUUAGAGACCUUAAAAGUCAAUUAAAAAAAUCACAAGAAGCCCAAAGAGAAUUAAAAUUGCUUUUAGAUAUGUACAAAGGGGCACCAAAAGAACAGAGAGAUAAAGCUCAAUUGAUGGCUGCUGAAAAAAAGGCUAGAGCAGAAGUGGAAGAAUUACGAAAUCAGAUACGUAAAAAUUUGGAUAACGAAAGAAAAGAACGGCGUAAAUUAGCAGAUGAAGAAGCUUUGAAGAAAAUCAAGGCUUUAGAAGAUUCGCUUCAAACUUUGCAAAAAACUCUUGCAUCACAGAAACAAGAAGAGGAAGCAUUAUUGAAUGAAAUGGACAUUACAGGACAAGCGUUUGAAGAUAUGCAAGAACAAAAUCUUCGACUCAUGCAGCAACUGCGGGAAAAAGAUGAUGCAAACUUCAAACUCAUGUCAGAGAGGAUAAAAUCCAAUCAAAUCCAUAAAUUGCUGAGGGAAGAGAAAAGUGUGCUUAUGGAGCAAGUGAUCACCUUAAAAAAUCAAGUGGAUGCCCAAAACCAAGUGGUGAGAAAGUUAGAAGAAAAAGAAAGACUACUUCAAACAAAUGUUGCAACUGUAGAGAAGGAAUUAAGCCUAAGGCAACAGUCUGCUGAAAUGCAAAAACGAAAAUCUAUUGAAAGUGCUCAAUCGGCUGCAGAUCUAAGGUUGCAUCUUGAAAAAUACUUAUCACAUCUUAAAGAAGCUCAAGCUGCUGUAGCUGAAAAAACUAGUGCUGUUCAGCAAGAAGCGUUUAAAACUAAACGAUUACAGGAGGAAAUAAUAAGUUUAAGAAGAAAAGUGGAAAGAGGGAAGAGGUUUGAACUUGCUACUACUCCUGAUGAAGUGCUGGCAGAAGAAGUUAGAGAAUACAAGGAGCAAUUGACUUGCCCAUCUUGUAAAGUAAAAAGGAAAGAUGCAGUUUUGACUAAAUGCUUCCAUGUGUUUUGCUUUGAUUGUUUAAAGACUCGUUAUGAAACAAGGCAGCGAAAGUGUCCAAAAUGCAAUGCCAACUUUGGUGCUAAUGAUUUCCAUCGUUUGUACUUAGCCUAAAUAUUCCGGAUUGUGUAAGGAUUAUAUACCUAGGCGCUAUUCUUUUUUAUACCGAGUGGCAGUGAUUCUUUAUUUUUAUCUCUUUUUUUUUAUCGUAUGGAUUUGAAACUUACGAGUUAAGUUUUAAAAUUCAGAAUGUUGUUGGUGGAUUAUUCUGUGUAUAAUGCAUCGUUUGGAAUAUUUUCAGUGUUUACACAUGUAUUUAUUUGUUAAAUGUUUCAUUAUAUCAUACUUUUAUAAAUUUCUUUUCUCAUUCAUUGUUGCAUCAUUGUGUCUGAAUCUUAAAAUAAUUGGUUUAUAAAAAUCAACAUGUGCAUUUAAAUGCUUUUAUGCAUUAACACAGUAAGAAGCAAUUCAGAAAUAUUCACUGCAAAUACACUCUAAGUAGUGGCCAAAAAACCUGUCAAUUAUAAAUAUGGAUGGAAAAGUUAUAAAAUUACUUAUUUAAAGUUUUACUUGUAACAAAAAUACCAUUGGGUAGAAUUUUAUGCUGAUAAAUUUCAUCUUAGCAAAGUGUGUAUAUCUCAUUGAUAUAUGAAUAUGUGUAGAAAAUAUUGACUGUGAAAAUUAAGUAAAUGUUGAUACCCAUGUAUAUUAUUAGGUAUUUAUUUGUAUUAAAAAUGUUUAAAUGAUAACUACUAUAGUGAUGGGGGGACUUAUUUUUAAUUUAUUUAAUUCAAUACUUCUAUAUUAGGAAAAUUUUUAACAUUUUUGGUAAUGUUCUUUUUACUAUUAUGAUUAAUUUAAACUUGUAGGCAUUGUUUAAAAAUAGACGAAAAACAAUGGCCACAACUGUGCCUUUCACUUAAAUUAUUACUACAGUUUUGUAAAAAAUUUAUAUAUACAUAUAUAUUCCUGAAUUUAUAGGGAAUUACUUCGAAAUUCAUAUAAUUUUUCCCCCGAAGUUUUUUCUUUUUUUAUGUUGUAUUAAUAUAAAAAAAUUUUUUUUUUUGGCUUGCAAAAUGUUUGAAUGCUAUCAAAUGUAAAGAAAUUCAUAUAUGCAUUAAAAAAAUCUGAUAAAUUAUAUUUUCAAACUUUUUUUUUGUAUUUUAUUUUAAUGUAUUAAAAUAUUAAUUCCACACAGUUAUAUUAAUUCCACAAUUUUUUUCUUGUAAAAUGUUUUUAUACUGUUAAUAAUAUGCAGCAAAAUACUUCAAGAUUUAAUUUCAAUGUAUCAAAAUACUAGUGCUGCAUGAUUUGUUCUGUCCUGUAAAAUGUUUUUAUACUCCUAAAAAUGUGCAGUGAGGUAAUUUAUAUAUAUAAAAGUUAUUCAUUGUUUUAAUUGUGAAACAUUAUACAUUGAUUACAAUGCUGUUUCUUUAAGAUCUGUUGAAAAUUUUUGUCUGACUUUUGAAAGCGUUAAUUUAUAUUAUUUAAAUUUAUUGCCGAUGUAAUUAUUAUUUUUACUUAUAAGUCAUGACUGUAAGGGGGAAUACCUCAAAUAUUGUGCAUUUUUUUUAGAAAAGUUUAUAGAUGUUUUGCUAUGUAAAUAAAAAUAUUCAUGACUAAAUUAAAAAGUGAGCAAGUUUUUUCAAUUUUCUUUUGCUUAUAGGUAAUUUGAUAUGAAAAAUGGAGUCUUUCAAUAACUUUUUUUUUUGUCUGCAAUGUACACUGUGUUUCAAAGUGAAUAUAAAGAUAAUUUGAGUUA